GCCUCGGCGUAAUAAACCGGAAACGACCGAAAGAAGGCCAUGAGAAAGAAGGGAAUAUUUGCGCCAGGAAUUUCUUUGUUAUUCAGAAUAUAAAGACCUCUUAUGCAUACGUAAUCAAAUUUUAUGUAAACUUAUAACUGUCGCGCACAGCAAUAUCCAAAUAGUGUAUCAAAUGUAUGCUAAUGAAUUACAGAAUCCGUUAUAAGUUAACGGUUUGUUGAAAGCUAAAGGUACAUGCAUAAGAGAGAAUUGUUAACUGUAAGCUUUUAAAGUUUAUUGGAGGAAAAAAUGUCAAGCGAAAGAUCUGCUAACCAGUUUAUUUCUGCCCUGGUGAAGAACUUACAAGCUGUGUGUCAUGGCCAUGUUGAUUUUGAUAAAAAUGUGAAAGUUGUGGGCCAUUUAUAUUUAACUGUGGACAGUAACUCAGAAUUUAAUUAUAUCGUCAAUGAAAAAGUGUCCAAAAGUGAUGAAUCUUCAACAACAUUUAUCAGUAAAAGUUUUUAUGCCACUGAUCCCCAACAAAAAACACCAAAGAAAAAUGUAGAUAGACCUCUUCCUCCUCCCACUCCAAAUGUGUUGGGAAAAACUCGAUAUGAUAUCAGUGUUGACUUAACAGAGGAAAACUUACGUGCAUCAAUGAUGGGUGGGAGUCCAUAUAAACAAGGUGUACACCGUCAAGGUGCUCAGUUUUCUCCAUUUCACAAACCUGUUGCUAAAAGGCGACUUCCAUCCCAAAGACAUUAUUCACCAAAUUCCAAAGUUCAGAGACUUGUUGAUAAUCCAGUAAAUAUUAGCACCACCCCCUCUAGUCCAAUAGAUAUUGACUCUGAUAUAACAGUGACAUUUGCCACGCCUGAAAAAUCACCAUCUGGUGAAUCCAACAUUGAAAAUCGUGUGCCGCCCAUUGACCCAACAGGUCAGACUGCGGUUGAAAAAUUUGACGAUUUUGAAGUUUUUAAAGCAGAUGGUUACGAGGAAGGAGAGAGUGCUAAUAAUAGUGUUAACGAAUCUUUAGAAGAAACGGAAGAAGAAAAUGAUACACAGAAGAACACAGAAACAUCACCAUCAAAAGAUAUACAUAAUGUCGAUUUAUCAAGAGUCAAACAUGAAAUUAAAAACUCUGAGGGUGAUGAAAGUCUAUAUGGUGCUUCUAGUCAAUCGCAGCGUACUGGUGAUGAUAGUAUAACCGGUGAAUCAAAUGAUGAUGAGUUCUUUGCUAGUUUACGUGAACAAACUGUCGGACUCUAUCCUGUGGGAGGUGUACAUAUAAAUGAAUCAAAUAAUUCUAAUCAAAGUUAUAGUUUAGACAUUCCUAAUUUAUCUGGUGUCAGUGGUCAAGUUUCUGCUUAUGUGCCAGUGGCCGGCACAAGCAGUGAUGGUUUAAAUAACACAGCAAUGAGGACGUCUGGAGAUAAGUCCACCUCUAAAAAAACCUGCAGUCAAGUUGUUUCUGCUACUAUUGUUCGUAAAACAGUGCCAUCUACUCCGGCUCUACAUGUAGCAACACAUCCUCUUGGUACACCAGAGUUAUCAUCUGAAUCUUUGGCCGUAUCACGGGAGUCCCUUGGUAGAGUUUCAGAAAUUCUUACUAACUCAACGCAAUCUUCUUGUGCACAACCACAGUCCGAUAAAAAUUCUGCACCAGAAUCUCUUGUUACACCACCUAGGCCACCUGACACCCAAUCCGAGAUACAUGUUUCUUCAGAUCUGCCGGAUAGAUCGACUCUACUUCGUGGUGCACAGUUUCAUCUUUUUGAUAGAUCUUCCGAUUCCCAGGUCACACCACUAGUGUCAUCUGACAGACAGUCCCAGCUUACUGGUAGAGCUGAAAAGCCUCAAGAUUCGCAAUCCAACAACGUGUCUCUGAGUAGAAUUGGGCAAUUGGUUUCAGAGUCUGAGUUGGUGAUUAGCAAAUCCCAGCAUCAUGAAUCAUUGGUAUCUCUAACAGCUGUCACAACACCCGAGGAGUAUCUAGGUACACCAUCAGAGUACCUAAAUACCCCAUCUGAACCAGACAAUGUCCCAAGAACAAAUGAACAAGCUGGAUCUGACACUGAUAUAGAGCUUAGUACAAUAACCAAGAAACUCACAGCAGUUCAUAAAGAACAACAGGAACUAAAGGGUAUGAUGUCCCAUGUAAUCCUCCUCAUUACUGGAAAACAGAAACCAAAGAAUAAAAAAUCUGAGAAUAAAAAAACAGAGAAUUCAAUAUCAACAGAAUUAGAAGAUACAUGUAGACCAUCUUCUCCAGAGCCUGAAUCAUCAAAAGAUCAAAAUGAAGCCAAUGAAGAUACAUGUAACAAUGAUGAUCUGUUUGAGGACAUCCCAGAACCUUAUAGAUUUUCAUACAAAGAACUUUUGAAUAUUAGAGCAACUUGCAAUUCAGCAACUGCAUUUGCUAUAAAACUCGUGCGACAACUGUUCCCAGAAAUAUAUGGUCAUGGUGCAUUGCGACAGAAAUAUUCUUACCAUGGCGGCGGUCGAUUUAAUAAAUCAGAGCUAGAUGUGGCCAGGAAAGCAUAUUUAAGAAGAUAUAUUGUGUAUAUUUAUCCAGAAAUGUCUAACAAGCUGAUCUAUAAAAACAGUGUUGUGCAGGCUAUAAACGAAACAUUGAGAAGGCCAAUAGAUAAAAGCAAAAAAGGACAAGAAACCACCACUUCUGCUAAAACAUCUUGACCGUUCAUUAAGUUAUAUUUGUAGCACAGCUUACAUGAUUUAACAGGUUUAACCACAGAGGGCGUAGACCGAGGUGUUAAACCUGUUAAGGAAUGAAGUGUGCUGUAAAUGACUUACAUGUAUAAUAUUGACACUUGCUCAACAUGUUCGUUGUUAUUGCACAGAAAACCCACCCCACUUCUCUAUAUGAUUUCUACUAAAACUGGCGUAAACCAGCAGAAGUGUGCAAUAACAUUGAAACUGUCUAGUUAUUGCAUGGUUAAGCUCCAGCCAGUCUACUAGAGGGGAAAACAAUCUGCUUAUUUAAUGAAAAGAACAAUGGAAGAUUUCCUGUCCAUGUUACAAUGUUUAGUUGAUGAUCUAAAAUCUUGGGAUAUCCUUGUCAAGAGUGUGGACAAAUGUACACUAAGAAAUACAGCUUGAUUCGUCAUUUCAGAGGAGUUCAUCUUGGAAUACGACAUCCUUGUCCGUUUUGUGAAAUGACUUUCUCUCGGAAAGAUAAACUCUAUGAACAUACAAAUAGUAAUUGUAAAAACAAAGGGGUAGAACAGGCAAAGCCAUGAAUAUAGAAAGUUGUGUGGAAGGUUGGGGUUGAUGAUUCUUAUUUAUUUUUUACUUUUAAAUCAAACAAAUGAGACUUAAAUACAACUUUAUUUGGGGUUUUUUUAAUGAUAACUUUUUGUUGUUGACUGUAUAUUGAAAUAAAAGUAUCAAAUAAAUUUAACAUUCAUAACUGACUUCUCCUAGUCCCAAUCAUAAGUGAUUUGAUAAGUAAGGAUUCAGUGCGGUGCUCGUGUUCUCUGAUCUUUUUGUGGACAGUUCAAAUAAUGUCUUUUUGAACAAAGUGUGUGAAAUUUGAUACAAACAUUGUUUGAGAUAUUUCUAAGGUACACGUAUUAACUGUGAAAAUAUUUUGAAUUUGACUUAUUUCAGCUGUCCACUUUUUUUUCUUUUUUUUUUAAUAGCUGUUUCUCUGCCGCUCAUAAGCAGAAUCAUGAACACAAGAAGCUUGCUAGAAAAGUUAUUCUUGUUCAGCUCCCUAUAAAGUCUUAACCAUAAUCAUACAUUGCAUUAGUAGAUUCGCUUCUGGUCAGAUACAUGUAAAUACAUGUUUUGGUAAAAAAUUAUUAAAUAAUUAUAUAGUUCAAUACUCCAAUACAACCGUCUUUAGCGACUGAGUGGUUAAUUUUAAUGGAUUAUUUCACAAGUAACUUGGGCUGUGUCUAUGCAUGAAACAAAAGGUGAAGUUGCAGUUGACAUCACUUGCUCAAACAAGCUACAUGUACAUGUAAAGGACUGUCCUGUCACUCAUUAUUAAUAUUACGUGUAUAUUGUGACAUUUGCCAGCCAUACAGCAAAAUUUAUGCCCAUCCCCGAAAUAUUGCUAAUUCUGGUUUCCAGAUAGUUACGUAAAUUUCGGAACAAUACCAUAAUGAGAAAUGAGAUACAAAAUAAUAUACCAUACAGAGGUUAAGGCCAUACAGGUAAACUAGGGGUAAAUUAUUCACAGAUAAUUAGCCCACAGAAAUGUUAAUUUCAAACCCUGCAACAGAUUUGUAAAAUAUGAUCUAACAGUCAGCUAUAUUGUGUUUUGUCCCUCUAUCUAUUAUACACUGUAAUAAUCGAUUGAUCAGGGCACUAGAAAGUCCCCAGAUCAAAUCCUGCCCUCAGGGUUCUAAUUUAUUAUGGGUAGUGUGCGUGGGGCUGCCUAGUCGUUCAAACGGCACUGAAAAAAUUCAAUGAAGAGAUGGCAAUCGCAAAAACACUGCUGUCCGGGUGAAAUUCUCAUGGCUCCUGAAAAUAAUCACCCCUUGUUUUUUAUUUGUGUCAAUAUUCUUUUUGUUUUCUAGCACAACAUUUAAUCUCUAUAUUUUUAUGGAUUAUUUUCUUAUUUAUAUUUAUGCCCACAGAGUAUUGAGAUCAAUUACAAAACCUACCUUCUCCGAAAGAAUUUG